AUGGUAACAAUGCUCAAUGACGCGUUUGGAGUUGCUGGACCUGACUUGAAUGAAGAUGGAGAUGGAGAUGAAGACAACAUAGAAGAUGGAGAUGGAGAUGAAGACAACAUAGAAGAUGCAGAAAAUGAAGAGCACAAUGGAGAAAAUGUAGAAUUUUACAAGUUGUUGGAAGAUGGUAGUGAACAAUUGUAUGAAGGGUGCACAAAGUAUUCAAAACUGUCUUUCUUGAUUAGUCUGUAUCACAUAAAGUGCUUAUACAGAAUAAGCGACAACGCCAUGACCGAAAUUCUCAAGUUAAUAAAAGAUGCUUUUGGAAAUGUGAAGAUUUCAAAUACAUUCUAUGAGGCCAAGAAAACCAUAAACAAACUAGGGCUUAAUUAUACCAAGAUACCUGCUUGCCCUAAUGACUGCAUGUUAUAUUGGGGGGAGGAUGAAGAUUUGCAAGAAUGCAAAAGAUGCAAGACAUCUAAAUGGAGCGAUGCUAAAAAGAAGAAACCGGCAAAGAUCUUGCGAUACUUUCCACUAAAACCGAGACUUCAACGAUUAUUUAUGUGUUCUAAGACUGCUCAAUCAAUGCGAUGGCAUGCUUCGGCAGAAAAGAAAGAUUCGAAGAUGAGGCAUCCGCGGGAUUCUGAAGCUUGGAAGACAUUCGAUUUACUUCAUGAUAGGUUUGCUGAAGAUCCUCGAAAUGUACGUCUUGGUCUUGCAGCUGAUGGAUUCAACCCCUUUGGAGCUAUGCGUACAAACUAUAGCGUUUGGCCAGUGGUGCUUAUUCCAUACAAUCGACCUCCAUGGGAGUGCAUGAAGCCAACAUCACUAAUCUUGUCAAUGAUUAUUCCUGGAGAGAAAAUGCCAGGGAACAACAUAGACGUAUACUUACAACCUCUUAUCAAAGAGUUAAAAGAGUUGUGGCAUGAUGGUGUUCAAACAUUAGAUAGGUUCAAGAAUGAAAUGUUUACAUUGCGAGCAGCAUUAAUGUGGACAAUUAGUGAUUUUCCAGGCCUUGGUAACUUAUCUGGGUGGAACGUACACAGUAAAUAUGCUUGUCCUACAUGUAACUUCAACACUGAUUCAUAUAGAUUAAAGCAUGGUGGAAAAUGGCGUUUUUCGGGACAUCGCCGUUUCUUAGAAAGGGGUCAUAAGUUUAGGCUAAGUCGUGCAAAAUUUAAUGGAAAUAUCGAGUUGAGGGAUCCCCCAGCAGUACUAACAGGGUCAGAAAUAUUGGAACAACUUGAAGGCAUCAAUGUUUCAUUUGGGAAGGAACUACAGGCAAGUAAAGGUAAGAGGACUCGACGAAAAGUUGUUAAAGAAGAUGAUGAAUCGGGGAUAUGGAGGAAGAAAAGCAUAUUUUUUUAUCUUCCUUAUUGGAAGUCUAACUUAUUGCGCCACAAUCUAGAUGUCAUGCACAUUGAAAAGAAUGUUUGUGACAAUGUGUUAUACACUUUGCUCAAUGAGACUGGAAGGUCAAAGGAUAAUCUCAAAGCUCGUAAGGAUCUCAAAGAAAUGGGUAUAAGGAAAGAUUUAUGGCCAGAUGAAAAUGGGAGAUAUCAUCCAUCUUUGUUCACAAUGUCAAAUUCCAUGAAAGAUGUAUUCUUGCGUACUAUAAAGAAUAUUAGAGUACCAGAUGGUCUCUCGAGUAAUAUUUCACGGUAUGUUGACCUGAAGCAAAGAAAGCUUUCUGGAUUGAAGAGCCAUGAUUGUCACGUCCUUAUGCAGCAACUAUUACCCAUUGCCAUACGUAAUGUGCUACCAGAUAAAGUUACUGCAGUGCUAAUAGAGUUGUCUUCAUUCUUUCAACAGUUGUGCUCUAAAAGCUUAAGUCUUACAGAACUUGAGAAGCUCCAACCUCGAAUAAUCCUUACCCUUUGUCAUUUAGAAAUGUUGUUCCCUCCUUCUUUCUUUACAAUCAUGGUUCAUUUAACCUGUCAUCUAGUUGAUGAAGCAAAACUUGGAGGACCAGUACACUAUAGGUGGAUGUAUCCUAUUGAGAGGUAUUUAGGACAUUUGAAGUCCUAUGUACGAAACAAAGCUAAAUCAAAAGGUUCUAUAGCUGAAGGAUAUGUGGCUGAAGAAGCUCUUACAUUUUGCUCUCGAUACUUAGAAGGGAUUGAGACAAGAUUUAAUAGGCCACCACGUGUUGAUGACCGUCCGGAUGGUAAUUACAAUAAACAUGUUGAUUCGCUUUUUCCACAAAUGGGUAACUCUAAGGGAGCUUUCACAGUAUUUGAGUUGUCACCUAUGGAAAAAAAACAAGCACAUCGCUAUGUGGUUCUAAAUUGUCCAUAUGUCAAACCGUUCAUUGAUGACUUCAAAGAUUUUGUACGAAGACGAUCUAAGGGUAGAAGGCCAUCAAAUGUAGAGAUAGAAAAAAGAGUCAAUAAAGAUUUUGUUACUUGGUUUCCUACGCAGCUUAUGAACCCAGACGUUAUGAAUACUGUGCAUGAUGAUUUGAGAUACUUAGCAAGGGGUCCAUCACGAUAUGCCAAGAGGUUUUCUACAUUUAGUAUCAAUGGGUUCUCCUUUCGAACUACCAAUCGAGACAAUGGGUUAAAGACCCAGAAUAGUGGAGUUUUCUUAAUGUCUUCAACUCCUUGUGUUGCUAGCGCUAGUGAUGCUAAUGUUAGGAAUGCUGAUUUGUCAUAUUAUGGCAAAUUAGAAGAUAUUAUAGAACUAAACUACAAUGGCAGAUUUCAGGAGGAUGAUCCAUAUAUUGAAGCUUCACAAGCUCGAAUGGUGUAUUUUGUCAAUGAUGAAGUGAAUAAAGAUUGGAGUGUUGUCGUGCAUUUGAAGCCAAGAGACUCAUAUGAUAUGGGGGGAAAUGAAGAUGAUGAAGCAUGCGAGAAUGAGCCAUGGUUAGAGCAAAACUUGGAUUCUUUAUUUGAAAAUGGUGAUAAUCUAUCAUUGUUAAGAGAUGAGGUAGAUGAUGAACUACUAGAUGAUGACAUUGGAGAAGACGAACACAUGUCGGAAUAG